CUUGUGGAUAGCUUUAUGAGGCUAUAAAUUGAAACUGCAACGAAACUUUCCAUCAGAUGCACUUCCUUGGCGAAGCUGUGAGCGGGGUAGAUAAGAGAUUUCUAGCGCUGUCCUAUCACUGCGGCCGCAUCAGAGAACCGGUGAGAAGAAGAUAUUAAAGGACUUUGUCAAGAACAUAUGACCAGGUAAAUGCACCGCAAUCAGCAUAAGCGCCAGCAAAAACUCACCGGUACACUGUUCGCCGGGCGCCAGCCUUGUUACCUUGAACCCCUCCCCAAAUUCCAAGUAGAAACCAGGCUGUGUGAUAAGCCUGAGCCUUAUCGGCACGGCCACUUGCAUGACCUUCAAAUGCAUAAAAAGACAGCAAAGAAAAUCCAUACCUUCAUACUUUCGAACCAUUCCAUACUUCCUGAGUCAGACUCAGGCAUCCAGUACUAUCUGGAUCAUAAAUUUGCAUUUGCCUACACUUGUCAUGAAUACUGUAUCCAACGUCGAUCAAGUACCUUUUUCCAGGACAAGGCCAAGGUUCAUACCUCGGAACAAGGGCCACCUCCAAGCCUCGUACCCAUUAUUGACGAGCUGACACCUACAGUACAUGCGCAUCAGGAACCAACCGAGCUCAUAGCCUUUUUGUUUGACUAUACACGCACAGUGUUCUCUCGGGCACUGUUUGUUGAGAAGCAUGAACCACGAGUCGGCUCGUACUCUAGUACGCCAAUAGCUAAAGAGCUGAAACCCUAUAGUAUUUUCCCGAGAGAUACCGAAUGCAUACAUUUUGUGACGCUUCAUCUAAGAACCAUCAAGGAAUGUCUCAUCUUCGAGCACACUUAGCUCGCCUCUGAGGAGGAGCUGUCUUCCUUCUAUCAAGGACUACGGGAGAAUACGUACCUCACCUUAGUUGUAUGGAGUUUUUUGAAAAAAAAAACAUUUACUGUCAUUGAAGGCUAGCUAAUAGCCUGAUGCCGACAAUACAUCUAGUAGUUGUAUGAAGUAUGUGGAAGUGGA